AUGGAAUGCAUCGUAGAAUGUGUCAACGAGCCAUGUUGUCGGUCAACCAACUACAAAAAGGACUUUCAGAAUAAACCGAAUUGUGAAAUGUUACAUGACGUGGUCUACAAUACAUCUGAGAAAGUAUUGGAGAGAAACUCCUCUUACGAUUAUGUUUAUCUGCUUGAUCCACAAAAG